UUUUAAAAAAAAAAACCCCGGCUACGUGUGGACUAGGCCUCAGAAAUCUCAUCCCGAACAUGAUUUCUGUCUGAUUCUAUCAGAAGCGAGUGUAAAAAAAAAAAAAAGGCUAAAUAAAUAAACAGUUGCAGGGCGUUCUUAGUGAAUUUGGGCCUGAAUUUGUAGUUUUAAUAUGAUGCAGCUGAAUUUUGGUGAGAGUGAUGGGACUUGAAUGUAUUUAAUCAAAUACCAGUAUGCUCUGGUUAACCAGGGGCCUCAUUCAUAAAACUUUACAUAGAAUCCUUACCAAACCUCAAACUCAUCUAAAUAUCACCUAUGCAAAUUAAUUUUGUGACCUGUAAAACGCUGCUUGUGCUCGUCUCCACGCAGUUUCAGCUUAAGAACUCACACCUGUCCCAGAAAUGUGCUGAGGUGUUUUUGGAUCACGUGCCGCUUCCUACACACCCACUUUCUACCACAAACGGACAAUGCAAACUGUUAUGAUUAUUGUGCUUGUAAAUAAACGUGUUUACGGUGGCAUUUCACGAGUAACCAUGACAACCAAGAUAGAAAUCCACUCUUUGGGGUGUGACGGGAAAAAAAUGUAUUAUUGCCUCUGAGCAGCACCGCGCUGCUGCGGCGGUGGGCUGUGGAGCCACAGAAUGAUCAUGGCUGACGUUAAAAGUAAAUAAAUUAAAGAAGUGGUCAUAUGGAGUCUAAGAUGGCUAAAGUAAUUUAUACUAUCAAUAAAAGCGGCACAAUGGUGCGCAGGGAUUGCUGAGAUAUUCCAGAUAAGGGGGACAUUUAAUUACACCCAAAAGGGCUUUAGACAGGAGAUAUUGUUCGUAUCAAACAAAUAUCAACCCACCUGUCGGCUAAUUCCUGGUUUAAGGAAAACCCAACAGCGCUGCAGAGUUUUAGUUUAUAAUUUGAUUGACAACAGAUACGCUGUCAUGCGCCACACAAUUCAUGUGCCAAUAAGUAUUUUGAAGACGUGCAUAUGAACUUCACAUCUUUAAAAUAAUAUAGUCUUAUUUACCCAUAUAAUUUUUAUUCUCAGUUCAGGGAUGGGGGUGUGAUUGCUGGUUUAUGUGUGUGGACGAACGCAAGGGUCUACAAGUUAGAAAAUGUGUCCUAAAGUAAACAAAUUAACUUAUCAUUGGCCGUACCUUUUUCUUUUUCUGGUGCUUUUUAUUAACAGUCAGUAAAUGAGAACUAACUGCGAGCCUUUAUAUUAGCUACCGGCAGAGUAAUAAUAAUAAUACAUUUUAUUUAACAGCGCCUUUCAGGACACCCAAGGACACGUUACAACAAUGGGGGAAAAAUAAAACAAGAUAAACACCGUACAGAAAUAUGUCAAAACACUAAGAUGCUAAAAUUCACAAACUACGUGUUUAAAACUAUGUGGUAAAAGCUUGUUUGAAGAGGUGGGUUUUGAGUUUUGAUUAAAAAAGUGGGAGAGUGAGUGAUGCGUAGAUCGGGGGAAGACAAUUCCAGAGGUGGGUAGGGAUGGGUACCUUUGACAUUUGAAUCGAUCCGGUACUAAUUCCCGGUACCUACGAAUCGAUACCGGUACUUAACGGUACCAAUUUUCGAUACUUUUGAGUGGUUAAUAUUUUAAUUCUCUUUUAUAAUUAGAUACAUAUUUUUCUCAAUAUAUAACAAUAUUUGAUAAAUAUCACGAUAAAUAACAUACAACUGUUUGUAUUUUAACAUCGUCCUUGUAGUUUUAUAAGCUGAUAAUUAAACUGAAGCAAACAUCUUUACUGUGAACUAAAUUUACUGUGUAUCUUCAUUUCUUUUGCCGUCCUUUUUCUUUUGAUUUUUCCUACUGGGAAGUUAGAAUUUCCGAGGAGAAAGCGAACGCACCAUUAGCUGAUAACAGUGGUGGCAAUGGAAGCUAACAUAUCAAGCUAACUUUAUCUUUAACAGUUUAUUUAACUGCUGGAGCAGAUUUAAACGAUGAUGCCUCACACUUAGAUCGUUGUCACUGGUUUCAUCUUCACCCAAUCACCUGUCGCAUUUAGUGAAGUGAAGCCAAACUUUAGAGCGCGUUCAUGUUCUUCUAGUCGGAAUUUCGGAGUUCCGAGGAGAAAGCGAACGCACCAUUAGUGAAACGGAAGCUAACAUAUCAAGCUAACCUUAUCUUAAACAUUUUAUUCACCUACCGGAGCAGAUUAAGAUGAGGAUGUCUCACUUAGAUCGUUGUCGCUGGUUUCAUCAUCACCCAGUUACCCAUCACAUUUAGUGAAGUGGACCCAAGCUUUAGCGUGCGUUCUUUCUACCAUGCUGCUCUGUUUACAACUGGCUCGCAGCGACCGAUGACAUAACGCUCUUGCGCAUGCGCAGCUGUCUUGGCAAGUUCUCGUUGUGAAGGACGGGUACCAAAAGGAGGCACCGUUUCAAAUGAAGUGAAUCGGUGCUCGGUCGGUACUGUGGAAUUCGGUCGGUACCUUAAAAAGUACCGAAUUCGGUACCCAUCCCUAGAGGUGGGGAGCGGAGCGGCUGAAUGCUCUACUCCCCAUAGUGACAAGGCGAGCGGCGGGGAGCCGAUAGUUGAGGAGCAGAAGAGGAACGAAGAGUGUGGACAGGAGUGAUGAUGUGAAUGAGAUCGGAUAUGUAGGAUGGAGCCAGGUUAUGAAGAGUAAUCAGCUAAAAGCUGUAAAGCAGGCAGAGAGCCUUCCUAGUGCACCUACCCGUGCAACUAAACUGUUAAGUGCGGUUUGUGGUUAGUAGAGGGCUAGAGAGUGCUGUACCUUCUAUAAGUUGUUAAAAGUUUCUUACUCAAGAAUCACUGAAAGUCGCUUAGAAAGGAAUAGCUUAAAGUAUUAAAAACUCGUUAGAGUUGCUUUAAACUUCUUUCUUGAGUAUUGCUCUUAUACGAUGGCACCAUCUAGUGGCUGACAAGCAUAUCACACACCGUUAUUUCAAGAUGGCGACUUCACGUUUCUGUUUAUAAAUGUGCUUCUGUAGCUGACAAACAGAGCUAAAACGUGUUGUUUUACGAGUAUUAUUCUCAUGGCAUGUUGUGUUCUCAUAUAUUUAUAUUUCAGAGACUUACUUGUCCGUGAAAAGUUCAUCAACUCUGCAUCAGCUGAGCUUUCCACCAUCCACCAUUCGCUGGCUGCAGAUCCUUUGCUGGUGAACUGCUGUGACGAGGAUGGUUACACCCCACUGCACCGUGCAGCAUACAGCGGCCAUGUUGAAGUAGUUUGCAUGUUAAUCUCCAGUGGCUCCCAGGUCGACCCUCGUACCAUCGACGGCUGGACACCACUUCACAGCGCGUGCCGAUGGAGCCACGUCACGGUGGCGAGUAGCCUCCUGCGACACGGUGCUGAACUUAAUGCCCAGACCAAUGGAGGGCUUACGCCACUGCACCUGGCUGCUUCCUACACAAGCACCUCAAAAACGGACUCCGCACACAUUUUAGAGCUACUCCUCUCAAAACGAAAGCUGAUUGCUGGACUCCGUAGCAGCAGCGGAGAGUCGGCUGCUGAUGUGGCCCGGCGUAGCGGCCCACACUACUUUCUGUUUGAGAUGAUAGAGGAUUGCAUCAGUGUGCUGCCGUCUGCUGGGACAUUUUAGACUUUUUUCAGUUUAGCUCCAUUACUUGAUAAAAACUAGGGAUGUAAGAAAAUAUCGACAUAGCAAUAUAUUGCGAUAGUUUUUCCUGCAAUAUAUCGAUAUUCAAAAGCUGAGUGUCAAAUUUUUGGAAGAAGCUUGAUGUGAUUCAGUAAUCUUUGGAUUAAUCAAGAAAAGAAUCAGCAAAUGUGUUGUUUUAGUGAUGGUUUAAAGGUCAUGCAAGUAAAAAUGACUUGAGACUCGGGAAUUGUGUCGGAAGUUUGUUGGUGAAACAAAUCAUGCUGCCAUACAAUUCUAACAUUCCUGAACAAAGAUGGGUACCUUGCUGGUCUGGUGAGUGGAUAAUAAACGAUUAGAAACA